UUGGGUCAUGGGUUUUGGCUGGCUGCCUGGAUCUGGUGCUGGGAACUAGCAACAGCUUCAAAUCGUCCGAACCGCGAGCAUGAGGGGUGAAUCAAGGGGCGAGAGAUGGCCGAAACCCUGACAUCCUUUCCUAGGCGACCUACUGGACCGGGAGCGGAAGGUGGAGGGACGCUGACCCGAGAAGGGACUGGGUCUGCUCCGGGUUGGCCAGUAGGGCUCACGCCUUAUCGACCCGGUUGCUCUUUCCUAUGGCCCUGUCCCUCCCGCUUCUCCCUGAUGUGACUUUCUGGGGUCUGGAGGAUGGCUCAUCACACCUCCCGCCUCUCGGGACGGACGUCCUCCUCCUCGUCGUGUCCCUCGUGCCCCUAGGAUUCUGCCCUUUGGCCCAGACCAUUUCUGCCUAAGCUUUCCUCAACCUUCCGUAUCCCCGACAGCACUAAGAACCAUUGUCAGAAGAGCCUUACUGCCCACAUAAGCAAGCCCUCCUCCUCUCUCGAGCAUUCUUAAAAAGAGGCCAAAGGCCUUUAAGGACUUUGAGUUUGGAAGAUAAAGAUGUGUUCGCUUCACAUUUAAUUAGCUGGUUGUGACGCUGACCAGACCAGCUAGUUCCUGGUCCUUCCUUCUGAAGUUGAAGUAUUAGAGUCUAUCUAUCUGGAUGAACUACAGGUGAUGAAAGGAAAUGGCAGAUCUUCACCAUGGGAGAUCUUUAUCACUUUGCACCCUGCCACCGCAGAGGUCCAAGAUUCUCAGUUUGUCUGCUUUACUCUGGUGCUUCAGGUCCCAGUGCAGUACCCCCAUGAGGUGCCACAGAUCUCCAUCCGUAACCCCCGAGGGCUUUCAGAUGAGCAGAUUCACAAGAUCUCACAGGCACUGGGCCAUGUGGCCAAGGAGGGGCUAGGCACAGCCAUGCUCUAUGAACUCAUUGAGAAAGGGAAGGAAAUUCUCACAGACAACAACAUCCCCCAUGGUCAGUGUGUCAUCUGCCUCUAUGGUUUCCAGGAAAAGGAGGCCUUUACCAAAACACCCUGUUAUCACUACUUCCACUGCCACUGCCUUGCUCGGUAUAUCCAGCACAUGGAACAAGAGCUGAAGACACAAGGACAGGAACAGGAGCGACAGCAUGUUGUCACCGAACAGAAGGCAGUCGGUGUGCAGUGUCCUGUGUGCAGGGAGCCCCUUGUGUAUGAUCUUGCCUCGCUGAAAGCAGCCCCUGAACCCCAACAACCCAUGGAGCUUUACCAACCCAGUGCAGAGAGCUUGCGCCAACAGGAAGAGCUCAAGAGGCUCUAUCAGAGGCAACAGGAGAAGGGUGGCAUCAUUGACCUUGAAGCUGAACGGAACCGGUACUUUAUUAGCCUUCAGCAGCCUCCUGCUGCUGUGGAGCCUGAGUCGGUUGUAGAUGUCUCCAGAGAACCACAACCACCUACUGCCCUUUCUGCAGAACAAUCUACUUCCCUAGCUACCCAGUCAGCCGUGCCAACUCCUCUACCCAUGGCUACUCAGUGUGUGUAUGAGAAGAUUCCAGGGGCUGGCCCAAAUCAACAAAGGCUGGGUGAGACCAAGAAAUCCAUGCUAGAUCCUCCACGAUCUGGUCGUGGAUCCUGGCGACGGUAUGAUCGGAGGCACCCGAAAGGAGGGGAGUGCUGUACCACAAAAGGUACCAGUGAUAUCCAAGAACUACCACCUCCUGAGAAGCCUCUCAAAGAGCCUGUGGACUUAAAACCAGAACCCCGUAACAAAGGGCUUACAGGUCUUCCUCAGGAGAAAGGGCCUGGUAGCUGGCAGGGCUCCACAGCUCGCAGGACUCGGGACUGUGCUCGCUGGGAACGCUCCAAAAGCCGUACACCAGGUUCUUCCUACUCCCACCUACCUCGGGGCCAGGGAGCAUACCGGUCUGGGACUCGCAGGGAGCCCCUGGGCUUGGAAUCCGAGGAAGGUUCCUAGCAGUACUGUGGGGGGACAGGGAAUUGGGGGUGGGAGGGAGGCAAUAAAGAGAUUUGG